CUUCCCUCGGAGUAUUGUAUCCAUAUAUGGUAGCCGAUGCCUUGGCGAUUUUACUUCCUCUCGGUAAAUAUGGCGAAGGUGAAUGAGGAAGACAACCUCAUGUUUGACAAACAACUGUUGAAAGGCAUUGACCUCAGUAAAGGAGAGUGUAGAUUGCAUGAGAGCGGUUUAUCAGUGGAAAAUCCUGGUGAUAAUUUGAUUUUGAGACCUUUAGGCGCUGAUGAUUAUGAUAAAGGUUUCUUGCAACUUUUAGGUCAGCUUACUAAGGUUGGAGAAGUGGCUAAAGAAAAGUUUUUAGAACGCUUCCAUGCUAUGCAGUCUUGUCCUGGCACAUAUUAUCUUAUUGUAAUAGAGGAUGUAAAACUAGCAAAACUAGUUGCAUGUGGAACACUGGUUGUAGAACAGAAAUUCAUCCAUGACACAGCUGUGAGAGGUAGAAUUGAGGACAUAGUUGUUGACGGCAGUUGUAGAGGGAAAAAAAUUGGAAAACUGAUUGUUGAGACACUGAUUUUACUUGGCAAGAAAUUAGGAUGUUACAAGAUCAGUCUGGAGUGUAAAGAUCCCCUGUUGACUUUUUACACACAAUUUGGUCUCAAACAUGAAGACAAACAGAAUUACCUUUGUAAAAGAUUCUUUCACUGACAACAGAAGAUCAAAUCAUGGCUUUUAAUUUAUGUUUAUUGAAUGUCAUAUGGCCAUGGGUGGUUUAAAAUCUAAAGUAAUUAUAAAUUAUAUGUGAUCAAUGAGAUCCAAAACUAUUUCUAUCAAGUAUAUAUUGUUGCACAAGUUUAGAGCACUUUUUUAUUUGGGUGUUGCAAAACCCAGCAAAUAAAGUACAAUCACUAUGUCCAAUCAGAACAGGAGCAAAUGUCACAAUGAGCCAAAAGGACCCAUAAGGAAAAAAACAAAAAAGAAGUCCCAAAGUGUGGGAAGUGGAAGUGAAUAAGGUGCUUGUGGUUUAGGUUUUUUAAGUUUUUUUUUUAAUGUGGUAAAGUAAAAGUACUUUCAAUCUGGGAUUAGAUUGAACACUUAAUUUGAAAUUGCCAUGUAGUCUCUACCUCAAGAGAUGGUUUACUUUAUCAUAUGGUGUGUUUAGUCGUAGCCUUUUGAGGAAGUAUAAUAUUGGUAUUGUAACAAAGGUUGAUCUUUCAUUACGAAUUGAAUUGUGUGUUGAUCAUAAGCAUCACAGUGAUCUUAAAAGGGUACCUGGCAAUUUUA